AUGGGCAGACUAUGUUUGGAUGAGAAUGGGGAGCUGCCAGCCGACUUUGAUAUUGAUAAUUGGGUGAUGUUCCCUAACGGGUCCUGUGUUCGAGUGAAAAUUGGGAGUCUGGAGAGAGUGACUUCUACUGGCAUAAAGUUCGCCAUUAACCCAGAAGCCAUUGAGUGGCCCAAGCAGUUUAACAAGACUGUGCCUCGCUCCAGGUGUACCAAAAGCUGCCACCCUGGAUAUGCCAAGGUGGUUCAAGAAGGAGAGCCAGUUUGCUGCUACUCAUGUGUUCCAUGUGCGGAAGGGACAAUCUCCACUCAGGAAGAUGCAGACCAUUGCACUAAAUGCCCAGAAGAUCACCAUCCAAACAAGGACCAAGAUCAAUGUAUUCCCAAGAUUAUCACCUUCCUGGCCUAUGAAGAAUCUUUGGGGAUCCUUCUGGUUUCCUUUGCCCUCUUUUUGUCAUUAACCACAAGCUUCAUUUUAGGAAUCUUCGUUAAAUACAAGAAAACUCCCACAGUCAAAGCCAACAACCGGGACCUCUCCUAUAUCCUCCUCGUCUCCCUCUUGCUUUCAUUUUUGUCCUCCUUCCUUUUCAUUGGCCGGCCAGGGAAAGUGACCUGCCUUCUCCAACAAGCAGCCUUUAGUAUUAUAUUCUCGGUUGCUGUCUCCUCUGUGUUGGCUAAAACCAUCACUGUGGUGCUGGCCUUCCUGGCCACAAAGCCAGGGAACACGAUGAGGAGAUGGCUGGGGAAGAGUCUGGCCAACUCCAUUGUCAUUUCCUGUUCCAGUGUCCAAAUGGUCAUUUGCAUCAUUUGGCUGGGCAACUCUCCCCCAUUCCCAGACUCCGACAAGCAUUCCCAGGCUGGAGAGAUCACCCUGCAAUGCAAUGAAGGGUCUGUUGCUAUGUUUUAUGCUGCCCUCAGUUACAUGGGCUUCCUAGCUGCCAUCUGCUUCACGGUGGCUUUCCUGGCUAGGAAGCUGCCUGGGGCCUUCAAUGAAGCCAAGCUGAUCACGUUCAGCAUGCUGGUCUUCUGCAGCAUUUGGGUGUCCUUUGUUCCCACUUACCUGAGCACAAAGGGGAAAUACAUGGUAGCCGUGCAGAUCUUCUCUAUCUUGGCUUCCAGUGCUGGGCUUCUGGGCUGCAUCUUCAUUCCAAAGUGCUACAUUAUCAUACUGAGGCCAGAUCUGAACACAAAGGAACAUUUGACUGCAAAAGCUAAAGCUGGCAUCUGA